AUGUCCACAAAAGAAUAUUUCGUCCCAUCCGAAGAGGUUAUGACCUCCAUAGUCCUCCCAACUAUAGUUUUUUGUAUCGGAAUGGUCGUCGCUAUGCUUGUCGGUAUCAACAAAUGCAAACAAUGGGAACUCGACAAAAUCGUAGAAAUGCGGCGAACACGACGAGUUGUGCAACGAAUAACAGCUCGAUUGAGAGAAAAGAACUUCAAGACAAUACAAAAUGCGCGCAACAUGCGGAAACGAGCAGCGGCUGCGAAAGCGGCAGCCGAGAAAAAACUGAAGACAGAGGUGGCACCACCGGUAUAUUCAUCACAACAGCAGGCUGUUUGUGGAACAUCACCUCCGCCUUCCUACGAAGACGCUUUACUAGACGAAUAUUACUAUGAGUGCCUACCAUCUUCUAGCAGGACCGUGCAUCCACCAACAACUAGUAGAAGACGCUCUUCAACACAAUCUCACGCAUCUCGUCGAACUGUCCGUUCCACACGAAGAACGUCAAGGGCCAACAACCGUGGAAUUUUGGAUGUUUGA